GUGCUAGAAAUAUGUUUUUAGGUUAAUAUGUGCCAGAUCAAAUAAAUAAAAUCUAAAAUAUACCGAACAUGUAAGCUAACGUGCUCAUAUUGAGCUGUCGUAUAUGAUGUAUAAGAACAAGCUGGGGAGUAUUAUAAAGAAAUGUGAUAUACUUUCAGGAAAUUGGUGUAAUAUGAAGCUCGUAUAUUCGCUGUGGCAGAGUAUAUGAUCGAUGGGACAGUAAAAUAUUAUAAUAUUAGAUUGAAAAUUUCCGAGUGUUCGCUUUUAAUAUGUAAUUAUUGUGAAAUACUUAUUACAAUAUUCUGUCAUGGCGUUCGUGUCAAUUUAUCCUCAGUUUAUAUACUAGGAAGUAUGGCUAACCUUUAGACGGAUUGUUAUAUUAUAUCAUCAUAAAAAUAGCGAUCAGGUGACCGACGGCAUAUAAUAGAACACGAGAAACGUGAUAAUUCUUGUUUCGUUUUCUGUCUACAUUGUAUCAAAGAUGAAGAAACUGAGCAGCAGACGAAAACUACUGACCACAGUGUGUAGAAUGUGUUAUACAUCAACAUUUGGACUUUUUGUAUUCACAAUUUUGAAUGACUAUAGCAGUGCAAACAACGAAACUGUAAUAGCCAAUCCAGGAAACUCAACGAAUCUUGGAUAUCACGUUCUCCCUCUGAAUACUUGGUUUUCCGGAUUUAACGAAUGUAAAAACGUGCACAAUCUAACAAUGGCUUCAGCUGACGAUAUAGAUGAAGGAGAAUACAAUGUUACCUCUGAUUUGCCAGUGUGGACAUAUGCGUUUGAAGUAACACUAAAGAACUCAGGAAAAACAUUCCGUAUAAGAAGUAAUGGUAUCUACAAUCGUUCUAAUGCUUAUACAUGCGCUGCGCCAAACGGCACUAUCACGAUACAGUGCUGCACACCUUAUAUAAUGGCAAAAAAAAAAUGCAAAGACGGGUACCAAAUGGACUUUCGUGCACCGGAAAUAUAUCCAGAUGAACUCGGUGCAUUGGCUCAAAGUCUAUAUAUGAAUCUUUCACGUUGGGCUAAAGUUCGAAAUGAAAGUGAAUUUCUUCAUGAAAACAAUAUUCUGAGUGUUCGAUGUUUAUUGCUGGAUGAAAAUGGAAAACUUCGGACGGACGACUGUAACAAACAACACAGUACAUUUUGUAUACCAGGAGAAACUCAACCAGUAUUGCAGUAUGUAGAUAAAGCCAAAAUACCACCCUACAAACCACCAAGAACUACAACACCAUCCCCAGGUAGAUCGAGUAAGUCUCCAGUCACAUCAAGUAAUAACGAUUCAAACAUCACAAGUGUCAGUAUAAGCACAAAUCCACAACCUGGCAAGCAAGAUUUCUGGAUGGAUCCUCAGAUACGAUAUUCUAUAAUUGGCGUAGGUUGUUUUAUAAUUCUGGCAAUACUAACGGCGGUUUGCUGUUGCUGUUGUAGAAAAAGACGAAAAGGAGAAAACAACAAACGCAAAUCGGCAUAUCUAGCAGACGCUUACUCAGAAACCGCUGAUUCUAUUGUGAUGAAGGAAACAAGCGUCUACGAGACAGCCGAUACAUCCCAAUAUGCUAUUCCGGAAGACGCUUUAAAGAAAGCGCGUCAUAGAAAGUCGAUAGGCGAAAACGAAUAUGACGUUCUGCAAAAAACUAAAAAAACGCAACAAAAAUUCACUGGAAAUACAUAUAAUCACGUGACUUUAGUUUCAUCUAAAGACAGACGCGGGAGCUCCAAUCAAGAUGAGAACACAUAUGAUGUGACUAAUUAUGGAAAACAAAAUCCUGUUAUAAUUUCUCCAAAUGAUUUAACUGGAAAUAUGUAUGGAGAGGUUGCAGUGAAAGUGGAAAGUGAAGUGAAAACGAAAAGAUAGCGAAAAGUGCCAUAUAGAUAUAAAUAAGUCCUAACAAAGGAAAAUUGAAAUAACAGUUAAACAAUUUUAGCAAUUCAAGUGGCAUUGCCUUUUUGAUUGAUCUCCGGGUUCAAACAAAGCAGGUGACAAAUAUCUCGACAUUUCGUACAAAUGUGUGUGAGAACGAGGCAUGUAACAACUGCAGUCGACACUGUCACAGCAGUUGAUACGAAUAUGUGCGAGAACAAGUCAAAAGACAAGCGACAAGUGCCACUGCCAUGUUGUAACAGCAUCUCGACAACAAAGCAAGCGACUAAUGUUAUCGUCAUGUUGUUUUGACUUCGGGUUAAGAUGUGUAUGAGAACAAGGCAAGACAAAAGUUGCCAUCGCCACGUUGUCUGCAAUCGGGUACAGAUAUGUGUGAUAACAAGGCAGGUGACAAGUUGUCAUCGCCAUGUUGUCAUAACAUCAGCUAAUCAGAUCGAAAGACCAGAUAUAUUACACUCUAAUAUUUUAGUAAUCCACUGAGUAACGUGAAAUCAAAAGUGAUAUGAGCAGCGCCAUGAGAAAACCAACAUAGUGCGUUUGCGACCAGCAUGGAUCCAGACCAGCCUGCGCAUCCGCGCAGUCUGGUCAGGAUCCAUGCUGUUCGCUUUCAAAGCCUUUUAUAAUUAAGGAAACCGUUAGCGAACAGCAUGGAUCCUGACCAGACUGUGCGGAUGCGGAUGUUGGUUUUCUCAUGGCGCGGCUCAUAUUGCUUUUCAAUAUGAAUCUGUCUUAUUUUUUGUAGUAGGAAGGAGGAUAAUAAAAUAGUGUAUGGAAUAAAUGGGUCCAUAUUACCAAUAUAUUUAGUAGUUUUCACAUACAUAAUUCUAUCAUGAAAAUGUUGUAAAUAGAAGUAAUACCAUGUUUUUUUCCUUCAAAUACAAACAAGUUUGGCUUUUGCCAUGAUAAUUUUUUGACAUGUUAGGGACCAUCUUUUUAAAUUGCCAUGUUGACUCCAUUUCUUCAUAGAUUCUACAAAACACUUUGGGUAUUUAAAAAAAGUGUAUGGCGGUUAAUAAAAGAAAACAGCAAAAGCUGAAAGGUUCCAUUUAUUUGUUUAUUGAAAUAAAAGAUUUUAAGGAACCCUGUUUUACACUUGCAUGUGACUCAGACGGAUCAAUCAAACUGCAUGUGAUAUCUUAUAAUUCAAUUGUCAUAAUCAUUUCUCAAAUGGGCGUACAAAAUAUACUGUCAAAACUCUGAUCUAGAGAUAUUUCAAAAUUUUGACCUCGAGUUUUCAAAACCUUGACCUUGAGAUAUAUCAAAACCUUACCUUCGAAAAAUUUUAAAACCAUGACCUCGAGAGAUUGCAAAACCUUAACUUCGAAAUAAUUCAACAUCUUAACCUUGAGAGAUUUUAAAACAUUGACCUUGAGAUAUUUUGAUUAUUGCACAGUUUUGGUAUUUACAUUCAAUGGCCUACUCCUAUUACAGUUUUGGACUAGGUCGGUAUAUGGCAUUAAUUACAUUAAUCAUUCAGGUGUGUUUUGUUUUAUUAUGGUAAAGUACUGAUUCCUGUUAAUAAAAGCACAGUGCGCAUUCUGCAUAUAAUACACUGUCAUAACCAGGGAUACGGAAUGAAUCACCGUGGACAAAAAAAGUGUAUGGGCGGUUAAUAAAAGAAAACAGCAAAAGCUGAAAGGUUCCAUUUAUUUGUUUAUUGAAAUAAAAGAUUUUUAAGGAACCCUGUUUUACACUUGCAUGUGACUCAGACGGAUCAAUCAAACUGCAUGUGAUAUCUUAUAAUUCAAUUGUCAUAAUCAUUUCUCAAAUGGGCGUACAAAAUAUACUGUCAAAACUCUGAUCUAGAGAUAUUUCAAAAUUUUGACCUCGAGUUUUCAAAACCUUGACCUUGAGAUAUAUCAAAACCUUACCUCCGAAAAAUUUUAAAACCAUGACCUCGAGAGACUGCAAAACCUUAACUUCGAAAUAAUUCAACAUCUUAACCUUGAGAGAUUUUAAAACACUGACCUUGAGAUAUUUUGAUUAUUGCACAGUUUUGGUAUUUACAUUCAAUGGCCUACUCCUAUGACAGUUUUGGACUAGGUCGGUAUAUGGCAUUAAUUACAUUAAUCAUACAGGUGUGUUUUGUUUUAUUAUGGUAAAGUACUGAUUCCUGUUAAUAAAAGCACAGUGCGCAUUCUGCAUAUAAUACACUGUCAUAACCAGGGAUACGGAAUGAAUCACCGUGGACAAAAUUCUCACUGCUAAAUUUGACCAAGGUGGACAAAAUCCCCCACUGACAUUUCUUACAAUGAUAUCCAAAUUUUCACUUCUACCUUUUAGAAUUGUUAAUUAUCAUCUUUAAAAUGUAUUUUCUUCAUUUUUGUUCAUCUUUAUUUCAUUAAAAAGAUUUUAUUCAACAAAAUCAAAGGGGGAUUUUUCCAGCUUGGUCAAAUUGAGCAGAGGGGAUAUUGUCCAAGGUGAUUAUGUCAUACAUUCUCACAACCAUAGUUCUCUUAAGACGCUUUUCAAGUCUUCAAUGUAAAUUAUUAUUCAUUUAAAAUAUGUUCAUAUUGAUAUAAAUUAUACUGACAAUAAAAUAUUUUGUAUUUUUAAUA